AUGUCCUCUGCUCAUGAUGCCACCACCAAGAUCUCCAUUGACAAGUGCGACGGCGACAACUACGCGACGUGGAGCCGCUACAUGCGUGGCGUGUUCCUGACCAAGUCGACGUGGCACGUGGUGAACCGAGAGACGUCGCCGACCGACGCGGACGAUCGCGCCAUGGACGACCACGUCAAGGCCAACAACAUCGCUUUCGGACUGAUGUUGCUGCACAUGGACGCAGACUACCAUCACAUCGUCGGUGACUGUGAAGAGGCGUGGGUCGCGUGGGCGCGUUUGAAGACGCUGUACGGCGGGUCGCAGAAGGCUGGACGCAUCUACUUGAAGCGCCAGCUGUUCAGCAUGGAGAUGGCGGAAGGCGGCAAUGUGAUGCAUCAUUGCAACGAAGUCCUCAACAUCAGCGCGAAGCUCAGCAGCAUCGGCGCCAAUAUGGAGGACGAGGACGUGGCGAUCUGCUUGUUGCGCAGCCUCCCCAAGAGCUACGAGAACGUCGUUCUCAACUUGGAGAUGAGCAGCGCGGAACUGCGAUCGCGAGACGUCGUGAGAGUGCUCACGAAUGAGCACAUCAAGAGGCAAGGUGACAAGACGACAUCGGUGAAGACUGAAGACGCGGCAAAGGCGUUCAGUACCGAGCGUGAACCUCGCCAGUGUGCAUACUGCGGAAAAUUGGGGCACACGGCGGAGCGGUGCUGGACCAAGCAGAAGGACGAAAAUCAAGGUGGAGCUCGACGCGGCGGCAACAAUACUCGCGGACGCGGAGCCAACAACGUUCAGUGGCGAACCAACAGCAACUACGACGACAACUACGAUCGAGUUGCGUUCGCGGUUUCACUGGAGGCUGGACUUUCGACGGGCUAG